AUGCACAUUGAAAUCAACCAACCAAUCAUGCGAGCAGGUGACCCCCAUUAUGCGCCUGGGCGCGCACACAACGCUGCAGCUGGCGGACCUCCCCCCACCCCCGCGCACCUGGCGCGCGGAUUGGCUGGACGCGCAAACGGCAUGCAUCAUGGACGGGGAGCAGGGGGAAGGGGGCGGAAGGAGGAGGAGUAUUUUGAAGGGGAGGGGGAGGAGAGGGGGCGGAAGGAGGAGUAUAUUGAAGGGGAGGGGGAGGAGAGGGGGCGGAAGGAGGAGGAGUAUAUUGAAGGGGAGGGGGAGGAGAGGGGGCGGAAGGAGGACGAGCAGUGUGAAGGGGAGCAGGGGGAAAGGCGGGCGGGGAGGGGAAGCGGUCAGUUGGUGGUGUCGGGCGGAUGGAAGGCAGGGGGCAGGGGCAGAGGGAAGUGGCCGUUUUGGGCUGUUCUGUAUUGGCCGCACCGGUGGGCGCUGUUGCUGCUCGCAGUGAUGUUUCUCGGGGAGUCGAUGCUGCAUGUCGUCAAGGCCGUGCUUCUGUAUCGCAUAAUCGCCUUCCUGGAAGCGUGUGACAGCAGUAGCAGCAGUGACGGCAGCAGCUGUGUGGAAGGGCAGUGCGGGUCCAUUGAAGGGUAUCUCACGGCAGCAGGGCUGGGCGCACUGGCCGUGGCGCUGGCCGUGGCGACCCAGCACCUGUGCUACCGCGCAUACGUCUCCCCUCCCCCUUCCGACCCCUCCACCAGCCCAAGCUCCCAGCCUCUGCCACCCAAACUCGGCCAAACUGCUUUUGCUUAUUUUCGCCCAUCCCCCCACCCUUCCCCCAACUGUUCUCCCCACACCGGUCUUCCUCCCCUUCCCUCCCACACGUUCCAUCUCCUUCUCUUCCCCUGCAGUGCACCGCCACCUCCUCACACUCACCGCCAGCGCGCUGAGCCACGUCAGCAGUGGGCACUGUAUCAAACCUGCUGUCCAAUGACUGUGCGCCGAUUGGACGACCUGGUGUUCUGCAGCCAGGCGCUCUGGGUGGUGAGGCGAAGUGCACGAUUGGGAGUGGUGCCAGGGAUGGGGGAUGGGGAAUGGGGCUCUUGUGUUGGUCACGUGGCUGGUAGCGAGGAGAUUGGAUGGGUGCCCACCAUCGCUGGGCAUUGCCACUCAACUGCUGCUUCUUCCGCUACAGGUUCCUGCUUCCUUUCUCCCACAUGCACGCUGCUCUCUCCCUCCCAAACAACCGAGCAAUACCAGCUGGCAUGUGGGAAGUGGAGGGUGUGGCUGCGGGCAAAAACUGCGGAGGCCACUGAUGCACGCGUCAAGCACACAGAAGAGGUGGGCGGUUGGGGAGGAGGGAGAGGGAAAGAGUGGGGAUGGGGGAGGGGACGAGGAGGGUUGGAUGGGGGAGGGGAGGAGAGGGGUUGGGUGAGGGAGGGGAGGAGAGGGGUUGGCCUGCAGUGGACAGCCGCCCUCAACGCCGUGACGGCUGCACUCUACUUCUCAUUCACCUCCGUGGUUGCUUUUGAGUCGUCUAUUAAUCCCCUCCAUCCUCCCUUUCCCCUCCCGUAUACCAGCCUGCAGUGGACAGCCGCCCUCAACGCCGUGACGGCUGCGCUCUAA